GGGUGAUGUCAGUUGAUGGCGGGAUUUUCUUUUCUGAGAUUUUCCCAGCAACCAAACAGAGUGUUAACAGGAAGUGUUAUUCCAUGAUUUUCUCUAUUGCAGAUAAAACUGAAUUGAACAUGGACAUAGCGAGACGUCAGGCUCGGAUCAAUCAGCUUGUGAGGGAGAUGCUUGUUGAGGGACUUUUGAAUGAUCAUUUCCAACUAGUUCAAGCAAUACGAGUGGCCGGUGAUUUUCAGUUUGUUGCAAAAAUGAUCCUCCUUUACUGCACUCAAAUUAGGACGAACAUCAGAGCUAUUGCCAACUAUCUGACAGAACCUAACAUUGACUAUGCAGGAGCGGCUGUUUGUGCUGGCCACCUUGGAAUAUGUAGUUGUGGUAUUGGAGCCCAAUCCAUACAACAUGCUUGUCGUCUCUUUAUGCAGGCCUGUGCACAUAGAUCUAGGGAUCAAUGUGUGGGAGUGUUCUACAUGUUGCAUGGUGAAUGUUCUCGUCUUCUCCCCAAAUUCAUGGAAGUCCUCCAGCUGGAGAUGCAAAUAUUGUAUCUUAGACGGCAGAUCUAGCAUUUUGCAUGUUCAUUGAAGCCUCAACCGAGUCUCUAAGGUGCUGGAUUUAACACUAAUGAGGCCCACAACUCUCGUACCAAUUCUGGAGAAUAUGACUUCUAACUGGCCGAAUUGUCCAAUGAAUAGCAGACCUUCUGUUCAGAAUAUAAUUCAUACUAACAUCAACCGCUGCCGAGCCUUCUCUUAGAUGAUCCUUUCUUGUUCUUUUGAUCCUUUUCUUAUUACUCCUGCUGCCAUUGAUACUAGCCACCACAAUAUUUUUAAUGAAAUCUUUGAUCUUUCCCUGGACAUUUUGACGUGUUCAGGAUCCUGAACUCAAGUGCCCCAGAUAUAAGUACAGUUUCAUUGGCUUUUGAAGAUCACCCAGCAGGUACAUAUGCAUUCCUUUUAAGAACAGUGGAUUCAAUGGUUCAUACUCACAUGCCUUACAGCUUUGUGCAGCCCAUUGAAUUUGUUGUUUUGCUACCAUUUUGUAUAUCAAUCCCUGGAGAGAACUAGAUCAUAUGCAAGCUAAUGUGUUUCUUGUGAAAGUGAAAUAGAAAAAUUAUA